ACGGACCUUAAUAUAGUUGGGACAUCAUUCAAAAACUUAUUUUCAAUAUGUUGCGCUAUUUUCUUGUACUUGUUUCUCUAAGUGCUGUGUUUGCCGGUCCGGUAAACAAAGACCACGAUGCAGGUCGCAUUGUUAAUGGUGUAGAGACUAAGAUAGAAGAUCACCCAUACCAAGUAUCAAUCCAAAAAGUUGGAAAAGGAAAUCAUUUCUGCGGUGGUAGCAUCAUAAGCGAGGAUAUCGUAGUCACAGCCGCCCAUUGUUUGCAAGGUGCUAAGCCUUCUGAUCUGCAAAUACGUUUAGGCUCUACGUAUUAUAAUGAAGGUGGAGUACUGGUUACCGUUAAGGCUUUGAAAUAUCAUGAGAAAUAUAAUCCCAAUAAUAUGAUGUAUGACGUGGCCGUUAUCAAGUUAGCUGAACCUGUUAAGCAAUCAUCGGCGAUACGUUACAUCAAAUUGGCUAAAAAAGUACCAAAGACGGGCACUCCUGCCGUGGUUUCUGGUUGGGGUACUAAAUGUUACCUGUUUUGUGACCUCUCUCUCGUUUUGAUGGAAGUCGAAGUUAAAUUUUUGACACGCGAAGACUGUGCUUCUAAAAGUUAUACCUACGGCGAUAAAAUUAGAGAGACGAUGGUCUGUGGUUAUGCUAAAGAAAAGGAUUCUUGCCAAGGAGAUUCCGGCGGUCCUUUCGUCGCCGAAGGUCAAUUGGUCGGUGUUGUAUCUUGGGGACAAGGAUGUGCUAUGGAUGGUUACCCCGGUGUCUACGCUGAUGUACCUGCUCUACGUGAUUGGAUUUUGGAAACUGCCGAAAAAUUGUAAAUUAAUUUUAAUUGUAAAUUUAGGAUAUGAAUAAACUAAUUACUUAGCGAAAUUAAAAAAUA